AAGCCUCUCUCUUCCAAAGUUCCAAUUCGGUCUCUCUCCUUGUCUCCUUGACGCCUCUCUCUCUCUCUCUCUCUCUCUCUAAACCCCUGUCAGUUCUCCUUCUCUCUCUCUCAAAACCCAUUGUUAUAAUUUCGUCUUUCUUCUGUCAUACUCAUACAGUUACAAAACCUAUACUUACAGAUUUUGUAUAUCUGUCUGCCGCUUCUCCGAUUUCGUUUAUUGCACCAGAGGAUUACUUUGGUGCGAUGAGAGAGGGUUUGAGAUCCAGUACCUUGUUGAAGGGGGGUAGACGGGAGUUGGACUUGAAUGCUGAUCCUCCUGAGAAAAUGGAGGAUUCUUUAAUUACAACUGAACCUGCCUCUCAUCAGGAUAGUGAUGCCCAUUCUGUACAAAUUGAGCUUGAAGAGGGUAAGAGCCAGUUUUCUUCUGAAGAAUGCCCUGGAAAUUGUGCCGAUUCUGACCGUGAUGCAGGGUUGGCUACCGAUUCUGCUAUUGCUGAAAAAUUGAACCUUGAAGAAACUGGUGCAAUGUUGAUAGAAGAUGAUCCGAAUUCAGCUAAAUGUUCUGCUCUACCUUCGCCUGUAGGGAAGAAUCACAGGGGGAGGAAAAGAAAGAGAGUUGAGAAUACUCAAUGUGUUGAACACGAUGAAGACGAAACAAAGGUAAAUGCUGAUUCUGACCGUGAUGCAGGGUUGGCUACAGAUUCUGCUAUUGCUGAAAAGUUGAACCUUGAAGAAACUGGUGCAAUGCAGAUAGAAGAUGAUCCGAGUUCAACUGAAUGUUCUGCUCUACCUUCCCCUGUAGGGAAGAACCGCAGGGGGAGGAAAAGAAAGAGAGUUGAGAAUACUCAAUGCGUUGAACAUGAUGAAGACAAGAGAAAGGUAAACCGCUUGCAUUUGACUGGCUCAAAUGGAAAUGUUGGAAGGGUGUUGAGGUCCAGGACGAUUGCUAUUACUACUGACACUCGUCUGAAUGGAGAGAAUAUAGGUUUUGCGGGUGUAAAAAUAAAUAAAGAAAUUGAUCAUCUUGAGUUUGAUCAUUCUAAGAAUAAAUCACGUGGGAACAAGAAUAAUGAAAUUGCUUCUCCAAUUGACAAGGGAAUUAAAAAAAAGAAAGGUCGUCGUGGUAGACCGCCCAAGAUGUUGGACAAAGAUUGUAUUUCUAGGAUGGUUAUCAACCAGAAAGAUAAAUUCAAUGGGUCCAAGAAAAUACGUAAACCUAGAAUGGCAGGAAGCAUAGCUAAAAGUUCUAAGUUUGUAAAUUCGCAACUGGAAGAAGUGGUGCCACAGCUUUUGAAUGAUGAAAAGAAAAAGGUUAUCAAGUCAAAAACACAUGAUAACAAAUCAAGAGAAGGGGAAAUGAGUCGUAGGGAACAAAAACAGGUCAUCAGAGAUCAGAUAGUUGAUAUUUUGAAGAAGGCAGGAUGGACUAUAGAAUAUAGGCCCAGAUUAGGUAGGGACUACAGUGAUGCAAUUUAUGUUGAUUGUGAAGGAAGGCAACAUUGGUCAGUCACUUUGGCCUACAGGAAACUCAAAGAGAAAGUUGAAGGGGGAAAGGCGGAUGAUAAGAGCAUUGCAGCAUUUACUCUAAUUCCUGAUGAGGUACUUGGAACACUAUUCAGAAUUACCGAAAAGGGAACAAAGAAGAAUAAAAACAAGUUGAUUCAAAAAGGAAAAUCUGCAAAAAAGAGCAUGCGUAGCCCACAACGCAAAGAAAGAUCCAACUCUAACACCAAAUCUGGAUACAGAACUUUCAGGAAAAAAAUUAAAAUGAAUGCAAACAGAAAACGAUUUGCUCUUUUGGCUCGAAACUCUAGUGAAGUGUCUGAUCAAAGUGGUGAUGGAUUUGUAGCGUAUGAUGGGAAGCGCAGUCUUCUCUCAUGGAUGAUUGAUUUGGGAACAAUCCCGUCUAAUGCAGAGGUGCAGUACAUGAGUGAUAGGAGGACAAGAGCAAUGCAUGCUGGAAAGAUCACCAGGGAUGGGAUUUUGUGUGAGUGCUGUGGUAAAAUACUUUCCCUAUUAGAAUUUGAGUCCCAUGCUGGAAGUAAACUGGGAGAGCCACUUAAACACAUAUGCCUUGCAUCUGGACUAUCCCUUUUGCAAUGCUUAACAUCUUCAUGGAGUAAACUAGAAGAAACUGAUCAUAUUGGAUUCCAUCUUGUGGAUGUGAAUGGUGAUGAUCCAAAUGAUGACACAUGCAAUAUCUGUGGUGAUGGUGGUGAUUUGAUCUGUUGUGAUGGCUGCCCAUCAACAUUCCAUCAAAGUUGCUUAAAUAUUCAAAAGUUUCCCACUGGAGAUUGGCGAUGUAUAUAUUGUUCAUGCAAAUUCUGUGGCACAAUCAGUGGAAAUUCCUGCCAUCAUGUUGAUGACACCACAAAUGACUCUGAAUUGUCCUCAUGCCUGUUGUGUGAGGGAAAAUUUCAUUUGGCUUGUACUCAGACUGAGGGUACUGAAGGUUUUGAUUCAAAGGAUUUGUCUUUUUGUGGAAAUGGAUGCAAAAAGCUGUUUAUGGGCCUUCAGGUGCUUCUUGGGGUAAGGCAUGAGUUGGAAGAAGGACUUUCAUGGACACUUCUUCACCGACGUGAUGUCGGGAAGGACGAAACAGAGAAUAAUGGUUCAUCAAGAAUAGAAUGUAACUCAAAAUUAGCUGUUGCAUUCUCUGUUAUGGAUGAGUGUUUUUUGCCUAUAGUUGAUCCACGAGGCAAAAUCAAUAUGGUUCGCAAUGUUGUCUUUAACUGUGGGUCAAAUUUUAGGCGGCUGAACUAUGAUGGAUUCUAUACUUUUAUUCUGGAGAAGGGUGAUGAACUUGCCUGUGCAGCAUCUAUAAGGCUUCAUGGGAAUCAAUUGGCUGAAAUGCCUUUUAUUGGGACACGGCACACGUUUCGUCGCAAAGGGAUGUGCCGUCAACUUCUAACUGCAAUUGAAAUGGUUCUUGCUGAACUUGGUGUUGAGACACUGGUUAUACCUGCUAUACCAGCACUUAAUGAAACAUGGACUAAGGUUUUUGGCUUUAUGCCCCUCGAGGAGGCAAAGAGACAAGAAAUGAGGUGCAUGAGUAUGGUAGUGUUCCCUGGCACAGAUAUGCUACAGAAACCACUAUUGAAGCCUCAAGAAGAUACUGGAAGACAAGGGACUUGUACUGGGCAACAAAGUGAAGCUGAAGCUUCAGCAAGUACCUCUGGGGAUACAUUUGCAACGUGCCCAUCUCCUUCUGAUUUGGUGUGUAACCCUCAUGAAGCCAACCAGCCAGUAACAGUUGGCAGUGAGCAGAUCACUCCUUCUGAUUUGGUGUGUAACCCUCAUGAAGCCGACCAGCCAGUAACAGUUGGGAGUGAGCAGAUCAGCCUUGUUGAACCCUUCUCUUGUGCGAGUGUUGAUGCUAAGUUGCAAGCUUAAAUGUGUGGGUGAAUUGCAAUCGUGUGAGAUGAUGUUUUCUCAUUCGCUUCACAGCUACUCAGGAAAACCUUGAAAAUAAUGCUUGCUUGCUUGCUAUGUUGUGAACAGAAUAGUUGGAGCCAUGAUCAUUGGUUGACUAUAUAUCCUCUAUCCUUGCAUUACUUGUCUGGUUUGAUUUGGUUUGGUUUGGAUGAGAAAAGGGGGCAGAGUGAUCUUUGCUUGUUCAUUUUCAUUUUUUCAAUGUUGAAAGUGAAGGAGCACCGCAAUUCUAGUAUAAUAGUGUAAUUAGAAAAUUUGUAAAUAAAAGUAGGCAAUGGACUAACCUAACCUGAAUUCAGCAUAGAGUAGUGUAUUGCAGAUAAUUUGAAUAUGUAAUUGUUUGAGAUGUUUUGCUUGUCCAUUUUUUGAUUGAUUUACCAGUACAGUAAUUUUCUUGUCUGCCUUGCAGCAGUUUGUGUGAGAAAAAUGUAUAGUUUCUUUCAUUCAA